AUGCCGCCCUCACUGCUGGUACCCUUCGUGCGCACGCUACUGCUGCUGUUGUUCUGGGGCCUAGGGGGUUCGGGGGAUCUGGGGGCCUCUGACACGGACACGGACUCGACUUCUCCCGGGGACAAUGGGCUCGCCGCGGCCGCGACAGAAGCUUCGUUCACCGAACGUCCAUUUAUCCUGCGGGUCCUGUUGAGGGACAGUGUGUCUCGGGCCCCUCUGUCAGGUGCCUCAGUAGACCUGUAUGUGAACCACAGCCUCAGGAGCUCAGUGCUGACCGACCCCAGAGGAGAUGUCCGCCUUUGGGUCAGCUAUACCCCUGCAGAGAGCCUGUCUCUGGUGGGACGCAUGGAGGGGUACCUGCCCAUGCCCCUGCCCUGGAGCACUGCCCGCAGACCAUUGUUCUCCGCAAUGACGUUAGCGCUCCUGCCUCAGAGCCAAGGAAACAUCUGGCUGUAUGAAGAUUCAGUUCUCAUCACAGGAAAGUUACCUGACAGCUCAUCACAGCCGAGGGUUAAGUUCCCCAAAAACCUCCUCUCCCUCUCUGACACCACAAACAUCUCCUCAGUGACAGCCUAUCUCACAGUCCCACAGCGCCCUCUGGCCAAAGACUGUGGCAACUGUACACCAGGCAUCAUUAGCAGCAAAUCAGCCCUGCGCAGCCUGGACCUGAGGCCAGUGGCAGCAGUCAGUGUAAUGCUGUACUCUGGAGAAAAGCAGCUCCAGAUCAGAGGGCCCAUCCACAUCAGCUUGCCCCUGGGUUCUAACACCCGCCUGAGGGCUGCAGACACUGUCCCUGCAUGGGCCUUCAAUAGCAAGAUGGGGGCCUGGGAGAACCAGGGUUUGGGGAUCGUGAAGAGUGUCGGCUCAGAGCUGAUCUGGACUUACUCAGCGUCCCAUCUGGGAUACUGGCUCGCUGCCCCUCUGCCCACCUCACAUGAUUACAUUGGAGCAGGUAGCUCCCUGGACUUCCUCCCCCAUCACACGUACCUUCUCAUGGGAUUACUGGCAGGGACACUGGCCAUAGUGGUCGGCUUUCUGUCUGUGCUGCUCUGUUACUGCAGAGGGUCCAACAGAGCGCCACGGAGGAGAGCGCGCUUCUCAAAACUGACCGUGGUGAAGAAGGACCAGACCACGUCCACUCACCUGGAGGAGGGCCUGCUGUCCUGCGACCCCUCCAGCACCCCCAGGCACAAGGUCAACUAUAACAUCUAUGUGGAGGAGCCCCUAGGCCACUCUGGGUCCGCUCUGUAUGAGAACAUCAAGCCCUCCCAGCCCCCACCCCACUACAUCAACAGUGAAGAGGUGGCGCGGCUUCGGGACAAGGCCGAGCAAAACCGGGCCAAUAUGAACACUGAAGACUUCUUCCCUGAUAAGCUGGUCCACCUGUACAACCAGCCUGUGGCCAUUAUCCAGGCUCCAGAGCUGUUCAGUGCCCAGGACAUGGUAUGUAAGGCAGCCACAUUCCCCCGUAAUGGACUGGACGAGGCAGAGAGCAAGAGCAACACCCAGACCCUGUCCAAAGGAGGAGGUAGCCCCCAGCAGAUCAGCCAGGAUGACCCCCAGCCUCUGGAGGUCCCUGUGACUGGUACUGGCCCUAAUGCUAAUAUUCUGUGGAGUCGCUACAGCAACCUGCUGGAGUCAUCGGUGUCAGUGCCUGGAACUCUGAACGAGGCCUUUGGCGGAGGCCCAGGGGACCACAGUGAACUGCAGGGGAUCUCAGAGCGAACCCUCCUGGAGCUGACCCGGGGCAAGACCUCAGUACCCCUCCCCAGGGCCUGGUUUGUGUCCCUGGAUGGAAGGCCCGCCGCACAGGUGCGUCACUCCAUCAUUGAGCUCCAGAGCAGGCACGCCCCCCCCAGCAGUAAUGACACCAGCCUGGACUCAGGGGUGGACAUGAACGAGCCCCAGCAUCGGCCCUCAGUCAAAGCCUCCUCCCUGUCCCACCUGGGCCGGGGACGCUACGGCGAUGAGCAGGACCUAAGUAGUAGUGAGAGCGGCACCACCACCACCUGCACCCCCGAGGACUCCUCCCUCAGGAACAUCCUGGACAGCAGCAGCAUCACCAACAUUCCUGAGGAGAGGGACGGCAUGGACACGUCCAGCGCUCAGGAGGACAGUGAAUCCAGAGGGACACCACCUCCGCGCCGACUCAGGAAGGUCAGGGACAAGGGCAAGAGUGACAAGAGAGGGGCCAAGCACGUCCGCGAGGCACGAGCCCUCAACAAACGCAGUUAGGACACUCAGCCCACUGCCAGCCAAGCUUUGUAAGACUUUAAAUACUUUCAUAAAUCACUUUGGCUCAUUUAAAAAAAAUACUUCUAAUGAACUUACUCAAGCGUUCUCAAACAGUGAGUGAGGAAAUAGAGGUCAGUUAUAAACCAAGCCAUGGUGAAAGGUACCCACUUUGACUACGUCACCAAAGAAUGCAGAGGCCAGCUAAGGCAGAGCAGAAUACUUGUUCCAUCUAUCUGUGCGUGCACCAUUCGUCCAUAAAGAUCACCAGCAUCCUGAUGGUCACCGGGCCCCCUCCCUGCCCUCUAAAAGGGUCUAAAGCUGGUCCAGUGUGUAGUGCACUUAUCUUUACCACUAUAUGCCUGCUCCACAGUGCCCAAGCCUUUUCUACACCGGCGGUCAUGCUGCUCUUUUCCUUCAAAAGCAUCUUUAGAAAAGAAGUAUUAAAUGAACACUUGUUCCACCGCUGUGUUCUAGCUGCCCAGUAUAUUGGCUUCUGCUUUCCACUACAUGAGACAUAUUUUUGAAGUACUUUGGCUUGAUUAUUUAUUCUAGACAUAAAUAUUUCUCUCAAGAGAAAAGUAGUAGAAUGCAUGGAAGUGAAUGUGUCUAAGAACUUAGGGAUAAUUUUCCAUCCUCAACAUGAUUCUUACACAUCACGUUUUAUUUAUUAUGAUUAGCUUGCUGCCAUAUACCAUGUCUCAAAAGGAUUGUCAUUAUAAUACACACACAUAUAUUUCUACAUGUAUAAGACAAGCAGGGCAUUGAACCAGAUUUACCAGAACCAAAUUGUACUUUGUCAGAAAUUAGAGUUGACUGUAUUGUCUUUGAGGCUGCUAAAGUCAUUAUACAGUGAAAAAGAAGAUUAUUUAUUAUUUAUUUAAAACAAUGCCUCAUAAGGUUUUCAGUAUUGGUGCCUUGUAU